AUGUGCGAUCAUCAUCGUUCUAUUGAACAAAAAGAAAAAGAAAAGCACAAUAUUAAUACAGAUGUUAUUAAAACAACUUUACCUGUAUCGAUUAUUUUGGAUGGCUUUACAUUACAAACAUGGAUGGAACAAUCAUUAUGGAAUAGAACUCGAACGUUCAUUGUUCAUCAUUUAAAUGAGUUUUGUAAAAAAGAUUACCAUUGCGAUGCCGAAUAUGGAAUCGGUAAUGUUCAUUUAAUUAACGUUGUUCCAUAUGGUUCAUCAUCAAUUCGUUUAAAUGUUACGGCUGAUGAACCUGUUUUACCUGUCAAUAUGAAAACCGGCAAGGUGCCAUUAUUAUAUAAUUAUACAGCACUUUUGACAGGUGCACUUUUUCAAGCUAAAAUUGACAUUGAACGUUUAUAUGAUGAUCAAUCAUUAUUUUUAUCGACUGAUUUCAAUCAACAUUUAAUUGUUAAUCGAACAAGUCGAUUAUUAUUUGUUCUACUGGGAAUUAUUCUUGUUGGUAUUAUAUUUGGUUUGACUGUUUGUUUCUUUCAACGAAUUCGUCGUCAUAAUUAUUCAAAAUUACUUAAAAAUGCACGAAUAUGUCAACCAAUGCAAGACGAACCAUUAACCAAUACACCAUCAACGUCUGUCUUGCAUCAAUAA